AUGACGAGCCCGGCGAUGGCAAAAUUAGCAAAAAUCAAAAAGGAAGAAGCAAUUCCGAUAGCAAUCGUCGUGGCCGCCACCGCCUUCACCGCUGCAACAAUUGGAGCCCUCGUUUAUCGUCGUAUUGUCCUUUUCUUCCGGACAUCGAGUGACCAAACCGAGUUCAACGAGCCCCUGCUGCUGGCUUCGCCCCGCAAUUUAGCUCCUCAUCAAGAGCGUUCAAAACCGCUUUUGCAAAAGAAGCAAAGCUCGAGCCUAAAAGUCGGAAAAGAGCCGAGCGCGGGGAUCCUCGGCGAGCAAGGAAUGGCGAUGUCCAAAGACGACCACGUCUCAAUUUCAGCUGAAAAAAUAACCAGCAAAGAUGUCCGGAAUAAAACGACAAUGCAGAUUUUAUCGAAGAAAACGAAAGAAGAAGAUGAAAUUAUCCAAAACGAAGAUGCACCAGAAUCUGCCCGAGCUCAAGAAUCCACCCCUAAAGAACCGUCAUCGUUGAAGCCAUCAUUAUCAAAGAACUCACUGCUCGACAUUGUAUCAAUUCCCGACAAUGAGUCGAUUCCUACAUCAAGAGCGACUUCUGGAAUUCUCUGUGACGCUGAUCAGGUGAUCGACGAAGUCUUGAACGAAACGUUUCUGGAGGACCCAGAAUUCACAGCGGAAGUGUUGCCAACUCAGACUGAGCCUGAAAUUGAACCCGAAAACGCCACUGAAAGCAAAUCAUUAUUAUCAUCAAUAUGGAGCCAAACAGGAACUGUGACUCGUGUUCUUAGCGCCAUGUCAAUUGCUUCAGCUGUUUCGGAUCCAUCAAUUUUAGUCGACUCUCUUUAUAACGAAAAAGCAGCACCGCCGAAGAAAGUUUCGUCUGAGAAUAUCAACGUCGCAGUGAACACGAUCUUCGACAGUAUGGAUUCUGCAACUAUUCAAGGCACAAACGACAUUCCAAGCGAGUUUGUGCAACAUGCAGAAUCGAGACUGACUCUCAAGAGUGCUUAUCAAGAUACAGAAGCUUCUAUUUCAGAAAUUCCAGAAACGCUAGACAUCCCAUUCGACAAUCCAAAGCCCCAAAGCAAGCCCGCCAAGCCGCCAAAGUUCUCGAGCGCCCAACAUCUACGAAGACAUCAAUCUUCCGGAACAAUCCGAGCUCCGAAGAGGAGAACUUCAACUCGUGCGGUUUUGAAAGAAGUCGCUUGGAGUGGAACUCGACUACCAGCGGAAACUGGAAGUUUGAGGAAAGCUAACACUUCUGGAGGACCUUCUGAUGAUGCUAAUUCAAGAGCUAAAGCCUCGCCGAGAAUCGCGAAAAAGCCAACAAAGCCCGUGGCCUCCAAAAACCCACAGUGCCAAAAGGCCCUCGACUGGGCCGCGCUUCUGGACAAGAAAUCGUCGCCCUGA